AUGGCGGCCAGGCCACGACCCGCAACUGCGGAGCCCGAGGGAGCCGCGGACCCGGCCCAGGGAGCUGAGGGAGCCGGAGGGCAGGACGUGUCUACACAAAAAAUUGAAGGCUUGAUGGAAAUGGUGAAAAAACUGCAGAAAGCGGGAAGUCUAGAGCCCCAGAUUGAGGUCCUGAUUAACCGAAUUAAUGAGGUUCAGCAAGCAAAAAAGAAAGCCAGUGAGGAACUGGGAGAGGCCCGAACUGUCUGGGAUGCCCUACAGAAGGAACUUGACUCCCUGCAUGAAGAAAAAGUACAACUGAAGGAGAUUUUGAGCAAAAAGCAAGAAUCCCUGAGGAUCUUUCGCUUACACUGCCAGGAGAAGGAAGGUGAGGCACAGAGGAAGCACACACUGUUGCAGGAGUGCAAGGAGAGAAUUUCUACCCUGAACUCCCAGAUUGAGGAAGAGAAAAACAAACAAAGACAGCUGAGGUUGGAUUUCGAGGAACAGCUAGAAGAUCUGAUGGGCCAGCACAAGGACCUCUGGGAAUUUCACAGACCAGAGCAGCUUGCAAGGGAGAUCUGUGCCCUGGACAGCAGCAAGGAGCAGCUGCUCAAGGAAGAGAAGCUGGUUGAGGUGAAGCUGGAGGAUGUAAAGCAUCGACUGUGCUCCCUCUGCAGGCCUGAGGGGCCCUCCACCCUCAAUGAGGGGCUCUUCCUCCGCAGCCAGGAGGCAGCAGCAGCAGUGCAGCUAUUCACAGAAGAGAACCAGAAGGCUGAGGAGCUCCUGGAGGCUGCAGCCCAGCACCACCAGCAGCUGCAGCAGAGGUGCCAGCAGCUGCAGCAGAAGCGGCAGAGGCUGAAGGAAGAGCUGGAAAAGUAUGGGUUGCAAGUACCUACUCAGACCCAGAGUGUGCAAGAGGAAGGAGCUGACCCACAAAAGCCCCAAGACCCUAGAAGUCCAUGA